ACAGAGCGAAAUCUGCUGCAUCGUCAAUGUUUGAGGCUCACAGUUCGCGCCAGACAUCUGGUUUGUAUAGAAGCCGAAACGCCGUCCCUCCAGGGCUGCCAGAGAACAUUCAAUUAAUGUGGAAUUCUGAAGCCUUCACUACGUAACGUGUUCUCAUCAGGUCAUUAACAGUUAAUGGAACUGCUGGAAUCUGGUUUGUAGGAGUUUCUGCCUGACUUCAUCAUAAGGAUGACUCUGCUACUGCUUCUUAUGGUCUCAUUCAUUGCUACUGGCAAUUGGGCACAAGAGAGAGUCUGGACGUGGCAAUGCCAGGAAGGACGAUGUGUAAAACAACUGCUUCAAAGGAAUGAGACCCCACAAGGCCUAGAAGCCUGCAAAUUAGUUUGCGACAUAUACAGCACUCUCUGGCCACGACCCACAGGCAAGGUGGAGCUUGGCAGAGUCCUUGUGCCCAUCAACUAUAAUGCCAUCACCAUUAUUGGAAUUUCAGGAGAGGGUCGAGCACUGAGUGAAAAUGUGGGGCAGCUCUUCAGCACAGCAGCUGACAACUUCCGUAAUCGGCUGACUACAAUGUUCAAAAAACAGGAACAGAGAACCUCUGGUGGCAAAUCACUUCAAGUGCAAGUCACAAUUCAUGACUCUUCCACGAGGACCUUGACGAUGGAAUCUGAUGAAAGCUAUGAGCUGUACAUAUCUGAAGCAGAUUAUAGCCAAGUGCACUGUAACAUAGUUUCUGCCCAGUUUUUCGGAGCCAACUACGGCUUGGAGACAUUAAGCCAGUUGACAACUUUUGAUGAUGCAGCAGAUAACUUGGUUAUCAUGCGGGAUGUGAAUAUCACGGACUCACCUGCAUUCCCCUUCCGAGCCCUUGUCCUCGACACAGCACGAAACUAUUUCUCAGUGGCUUCCAUCAAACGAACUAUAGAUGGCAUGGCAGCCAGUAAACUUAACACAUUCCACUGGCACCUUACAGACUCUCACAGCUUUCCUUUCCAGUCGAGUACAUACCCACAGCUGUCACAGUAUGGGGCCUACACACCACAACAGAUAUACACACCCCAAGAUAUCACAUCGGUGGUGGAAUAUGCAAGGGCACGAGGGGUGCGUGUACUUCCAGAAUUUGAUGCACCAGCACAUGUUGGGGAAGGAUGGCAAUGGGCAGGGCCUAAUGUCACAGUGUGUGUGAAUGCUCAGCCCUGGAACAAGUACUGUGUGGAGCCUCCAUGUGGUCAGCUUAAUCCGACCAAUGACACUGUCUACGAGAUUCUUGGAGGAAUAUACCAUGACAUAUUUGCUCUGUUUGACUCUGAUAUGUUCCAUAUGGGUGGAGAUGAGGUGAAUUUUGAAUGCUGGAGGUCCUCUCUAGACAUUGUAAACUGGAUGACAAGUCAGGGUAUGGGUCAGACAAAUGAUGAUUACCUGCAGCUGUGGGACAUGUUCCAAAAAAAGGCAUAUAUGAAGGUAGUGGAGGCAAAUGGAGGAAAUGAAAUUCCAAUAGUGCUCUGGACCAGCCACCUCACUGCAGAGGGAGCAAUAGACAAGUAUCUGGACAAUGAGAUAUACAUCAUUCAGAUCUGGACAACUGGACGAGAUGCAGCAAUUGCAAAUCUUGUCAACAAAGGUUUUCGUGUCAUCUUCUCCAACUACGAUGCCUUAUAUUUUGACUGUGGGUUUGGUGCUUGGGUUGCUGAAGGCAACAACUGGUGCUCACCUUAUAUUGGCUGGCACAAGGUGUACAUGAACAACCCAUACACUCUGCUCACCAACCUUGGAGUGGAUGUCAGUCCUGGAACAGCAGCAAGGGAACUAGUUCUGGGAGCUGAAGCAGCACUCUGGACAGAACAGGUUGAUGAGAGCUCCCUUGACGGACGCUUUUGGCCCCGUGCCGCUGCCAUGGCUGAACGGCUUUGGAGCAAUCCAGAUGAGGGGUGGCAACAAGCAGAAUACCGUAUGCUUGCUCACAGAGAACGCCUAGUGCAACGAGGAAUUCAGUCAGAAGCCCUGGAACCACAAUGGUGUUACCAGAAUGAAGGCUCUUGCCCAAGCCAAGGGUAAUGACAACUGAUGCAGCGAGCAAGAAGAACCUUGAGAAAAAGUUUAUGGAUAUGAACGGACAAAUAAACGUUGAUCCAUAUUA